GCCGCAGCAGAUCAGAAAGUCUUCCACGACCGCCAAAUCCUCCGUUCAGGCAGAGGCAGUCAAUAAACCCCUCCCCCGUUCCUGCUUCCCUUCCUCCCAGGCAACCUUCAAUUCCACCUCAAAUUCCCGGUCAAAAUCCACGGCUCCCACCCCGUUCCGCCCGCCUCCCGGCCCGCGCGUGCCGGCGAAAAAUUUCGAGUUUUUCGGCAUCGAUCCCGCGCGUUCUCUUGCACCGGCAGGAUGCGGAACCUUCUCACGGACUCAUUUGAGCUCAGCAGAAGGGAGCAGGCCCCGGGAAAUGUCGACAUCGAGCUCGGAAUUCAGGGUGGCAUGACAAGUUCUGCGCAGCCUGGUUUCGAUGGCUUCUUUGAACAGGUCAAGGAGAUCGAAAACCUGCUCAACACAUUGACCAAGUUACUGAAGGACCUUCAGAACUCAAAUGAGGAAUCAAAAGUUGUCACGAAGGCAGCAGCGAUGAAAGAGGUCAAAAAGCGCAUGGAGAAGGAUGUCAAUGAAGUAACAAAGGUUGCACGGCUGGCAAAAUCAAAAGUACAGCAAUUGAAUAAAGAUAACGUUGCAAACAGAGAAAAGCCAGGGUUUGGCAAGGGAUCGGGUGUGGACCGAUCGCGGACAACAACAACUGUUGCAUUAACAAAGAGGCUGAGAGAACGUAUAUUGGAGUUUCAGACGUUACGAGAAGAAAUCCAGAAGGAAUACCGAGAAGUAGUGGAGCGUCGUGUUUUCACCGUAACUGGCGAGCGCGCUGACGAAGAGACAAUCGACAACCUGAUAGAAACAGGGGACGGUGAGCAACUCUUUCAGAGAGCAAUUCAGGAGCAAGGGCGUGGAAGGGUGCUGGACACACUGCAGGAGAUCCAAGAGCGCCACGACACGGUGAAAGAGAUCGAGAAGAAGCUUCUUGAUCUGCAGCAGAUUUUCCUCGAUUUGGCUGUCUUGGUUGAAGCUCAAGGCGAGAUGCUGGACAACAUUGAGACACAGGUUACAAGUGCAGGUGAACAUAUUCAGACUGGAACAAACCUUCUCCAGAAAGCGAAGAUGCUGCAGAAGAACACGCGAAAAUGGACCUGCAUAGCGAUAAUCAUCCUCCUGAUAAUCGUACUCGUCGUCGUCCUCUCCUUAAAACCGUGGGCAAAGUAGAUAAGCAGCAAACAAAAAAAGCAUUAUUCUCAUGUUCGUUUUGGUUGGUGAUGUUCAUUUUGGUGUCUUCUUGUUCUAGCUGUGCAUGUCAGAAGGUACAAGAGCGUCCUGUAUAUCGUCUUAAAAUUUUGGUGUGAAUUCUUUCAAAUUUUGUUUGCUUCAAAUUGGAAAUAUUGGAUGUGAACUCUUUCAGUUAUGCUUCAUUAGAAUAUUAAUGAAAUGCAGCUUGAUUAUGCAA